ACCACUACUUCCCAGCCGCUCUUAGAUCUGAAAAUUAGCACUUCGACCCUCAAGAUUGCCACAAGCUUAGCCAAUUCUUAUAACAAAGAGAAGGGCAUUGUGGGUAUAUGCAACAAGUGGAUGGAAUAUCAAGGCAUCAAGGAUUGGGAAGGUUUACUAGACCCACUUGAUGACCACCUCCGACUGCAUAUCCUAAGCUACGGCCACUUUGUGGAGGCGGCGUAUCGAAGCUUCGACUUCGACGUGGCGUCUCCGGGGUACGCCACGUGCCGAUACGAGGAGGACUCGAUGCUGGCUCGAUGCGGGCUCGGCAAGAGCGGGUACAAGGUUGCGAGGAAUCUAUACGCCACGUCAGCGAUUUGCAUUCCACGUUGGAUGAAGAGGGUGCCCAAUUUGGUGUCCCCUAGGUCUAGCUGGAUUGGGUAUGUGGCCGUUUGUGAUGACGUGGAGGAAAUCUCCCGGCUCGGGUGUCGCAACGUGGUGAUUGCUUACCGGGGAACCGCCACGUUGUCUGAGUGGCUGGAGAACUUGCGUGCCACGUUGACUUGUUUGCCCGAUGAUAUGGCUCCGGCUGAUUGUACCGGCCCACUAAUGGUACAAAGCGGACUAUUGAGUUUGUACACAUCAAGCUACGAAUGUUGUCAAAGUUUACGAGAUUCAAUACAAGAAGAGAUGCACAAAAUUCUUGAAAUGUUUAGUAAUGAUAAGGAGCCUCUAAGUAUUACAAUCACAGGGCAUAGCCUUGGAGCGGCUUUAGCCAUCCUAACUGCAUACGAUAUCACUACACAGUUUCGUCACGCGCCACCAGUGACGGUUGUCUCCUUCGGAGGGCCGAGAGUUGGGAACCACCACUUCCGAUCUCAACUAGAAGCCAAUGGCACGAAGAUUCUGCGAAUAGUCAACUCCGACGACCCCGUCACGAAAGUUCCGGGAUUCGUGUUUGAUGAUGUGGCGGUCAGCGGUGCGGGAAUGCCAAGGUGGCUCCGAAAAUGGGUGGAGGACACCCGAUAUGCAUAUGCUGAGGUAGGCAAAGAACUGAGACUUAGCAGUAAGGAUUGCCCUGAGAUCAACGGCAGCGGAAAUGUGGCCACGUGUCACGAUCUGAAGACGUAUCUACAUUUGAUCAACAAUUUCGUAAGUUCCAAUUGUCCCCUGAGAGCCACGGCGAAGAGAGUAAUUAAGAUGGAGCAAUCUAAAACAACAGCAUCAGCUCCAGUAUAGAAAGAUUAGACACCUUU